CAAAACACAAUGAUCUCUACCCUCAUGCUCCUGCUCAGCCUCAGUGAGAUGCAAAGAUUGGAAGGAGAUACUCGAGUCUGGGGCAGAUCCCACACCAGAGCCAGGCACUGGCCCACGAGGAGACGCCAGGGCUUCCGGAGGUGGUGGGGAGAGAGGACCUACUUGGGCUUCAGGGACAAAUCUUUCACAGGGACCUCUCUUCCAGGGCUGAGUCUGGGCUCCAGGAACACAGAGAAAGCAGAGAUCUCCCCACCUACCAUUUGGGCUGAGCCAGGUUUUGUUGUCACCUGGGGGACACCUGUGACCAUCUGGUGUCAGGGGACCUUUGGAGCUCUGGAGUACCGUCUGGAUAAAGAAGGAAGACCACCAAACUGGGACAGACAGACCCCCCUGGAACCUGGGAACAAGGCCAACUUCUCAAUUCUGUCUAUGAGAGAACACCAUGCAGGGAAAUAUUGCUGUUACUAUCACAGUCCUGCUGGGUGGUCAGGGCGCAGUGACCCCCUGGAGCUGGUGGUGACAGGAGUCUACAGGAAGCCCACCCUCUCAGUCUUGCCCAGCUCUGUGGUGGCCUCAGGCGGGAACGUGACCAUUCAGUGUGGCUCCCAGCUGGCAUUUAGCAAGUUCAUUCUGAUGGAAGGAGAACACCUGCAGUCCAGGACCCUGAACGCACAGCUUGUGCGCAGUGGGCAGAUGCAGGCACUGUUCCUUGUGAGCGCCCUGAACUCUACCCAGAGGUGGACAUUCAGAUGCUAUGGCAGUUACCAGAACAAGUCCCAUGUCUGGUCAGAAUCCAGUGACCCCCUGAAGCUCUUGGCGUCAGAAUCACAGCCCCAGGACCACACAGUGGAGAAUCUCAUCCGGAUGUCUGUGGCUGGCUUAGUCCUCAUGAUUCUUGGGAUUCUGCUGUUUGAGGCUUGGCACAGCAAGAGAAGGUCCCAGCAUGAAGCCAAGAAAUCACAUAGGAGGACUGGAGGGAUGGCUUAGCGAUUACGUGCAAAGCCAAAGGACCCGGGUUCCAUUCCCCAGGAGCCACGUUAGCCAGAUGCACA